GGACGGGAGGGCUCUCAUUGCGAGACCCUGAAGCCACCACCAUCAUGUCUUUGGAGGGACUGAGGUGCCUGGUGACGGGAGCCGGCGGCUUCCUGGGCAGACGGAUUGUGCGCCAGCUGCUGGAGGAAGGGCGGGAAGGAGACGGGCCGGCCGAGGUGCGCGCCUUGGACAAAGCCGUCGGGCUGGAGGCUCGGGAGGAGUUUGGCGAAGUGAAUACAAAAACCCUCUUGACAGUCAUUCAGGGGGAUAUUCGGGACGUAGCAACUCUUCAGACAGCAGUCCAAGGCAUCUCCCUCGUUAUCCAUACGGCUUGCAUCAUUGACAUCUUAGGCCAUGUGGACAAGCGCACACUCUGGGACGUCAAUGUCCGAGGGACACAGCUGCUCCUUGAGAGUUGCCUCCGCAACAAUGUUUCGUAUUUUAUCUACACAAGCAGCAUUGAAGUGACAGGUCCAAAUUGCAGAGGUGAUCCCAUCUAUGAUGGUGACGAAGACACAGCGUAUGAGAGCACUCAAGGCUUUCUUUAUGCUGAAACCAAGAGAGAGGCGGAGAAGUCUGUGCUGGAGAUGGACGGCCUACCACUGAAGGAUGGGAGCAGUUUUGUGACGUGUGCUUUGAGAUCUAUGUAUCUCUAUGGAGAAGGGAGUAUUUUUCUUCAGGGACAUCUCGAUGAGAGUCUCCAAAACAACCGUACGUUUCUGAGGAUCUCUCGGUCUCAGGCUCUUGUCAAUCCAGCUUAUGUGGGGAAUGUUGCGUGGGCUCAUAUCCAAGCAGCUAAAGCCAUGAGGGAUCCAGAGAAAGUCAAGCGAAUCCGUGGACGGUUCUAUUUUGUCUCAGAUGAUACUCCCCAUGUAAGCUAUUCAGAUCUCAAUUAUGAGCUGACCAAGGAACUGGGAUUCAGUGUUGAACCCAAGUUACCUAUGCCACUGACAAUCUUCUAUUGGUAUGCUAUGUUGCUGGAGACCGUGAGCUUCUUGCUUCGCCCUUUUGUGAGAUACGUUCCUAGUGUCAAUCGGUGCCUUCUCACUUUGCUGAAUACCCCGUUCAGCUUUUCUUACAGGAAGGCACAAAGAGAUUUUGGCUAUGUGCCACGCUACAAAUGGGAAGAAGCCAAGCAACUGACCAGUCAAUGGAUUGAGAAAGUAAUUCCACUGAGGACAGCUUACCUGAAAAACAAAACUAACUAAGGCUGAUCUCCAUGAGGGAAAAGCAGAUGAUAGAAGCCAAAGUACAGAAAUAUGGGGAGUUAUACGGAGGCAAUGAAGCAUCCAAAGUGAGAUCCACAUUCUGAAGUAUGUGAAUAAAAACAUAAUGCCUUUGCUUUGUUUGGGCUAUUCCAUUUUAAUAAAGCUUUCUAUGUGAUUUGCCAA